UUUUUUUUUUUUUUUUUUUUUUUCGGUCAGUAUUAUGUGAACUUUGGCUUUCACGCUCAUUGACAAUUGAUUCAUGGACUGCACCUUCGCCGCCGAAGCAUCGUUCGGCCCAGCCGUCGCGUCAUGCCGUCGAGCCUUCGACUUUACGCUCUUCUUCGAGGAACUCUUCUUCACACUCCUCCCUUCGGCGCUCUUUUUGCUCGUCGCUGGUGCGCGCGUCGCUGUGCUGCUGCGAGCUGAGCCGAAGACUCGCCUAGGCGUGUUGUAUUUUGCCAAGAUCGCUGCCGUUGUCAUCUUCGCCGCUCUCGAAUUGACGCUCCUGAUAGUCACGUGCCUUGGCUCAGGGGGUCGCACGUCUAUCACCGUUGCGACUGCGGCGUUGAGCUUCGUUGCGUCGGUGGCGUUGAUUGUGCUUUCGCAUGUGGAACAUGUACGUUCUGCUGGGCCCUCUGAUAUCAUUGGUUUUUACCUUGUUAUCACGGCCCUGCUGCGAGCCGCCGUCGUGCGCACGUACCGGUUUAUCGACAUCGCCAUUGCCUCCCGUCACUUUGCCUCGUUGGCUGUUCAACUCGCCGUUCUUGCGCUCGAGAGCUGGAGUAAGCGCCGAUGGCUUAUCGAUGCUGCGAGCCGCGGCAACCCUGAGGAGUGCGCGAGUUUCCUGAGCACGAGUCUCUUCGCCUGGGUCAACCGCCUGUUCUUCGUCGGUUAUCGACGACAACUGACCGAGUCAGAUCUCCGGAUUAUUGACAGUAGUCUCAAGACAUCGGAGCUUGAGCCCAGCUUCAACCGAAUCCUGGUAACUAAGAAAUUUGGACGGCAUGGCCUUAUUACACUGACUUUUCGGUCUUUGGGACUCUAUGCAUUUGCACCCGUGCUGCCUAGGCUCGCUCUGAGCACCUUCACUUUCACGCAACCGUUCUUGGCGUCGUCGCUCAUCGAGUUCCUCGAAGGUGGCCGCGAUUCAUCCCAAAACAAUGGAUAUGGGCUUAUCGGCGCAACUUUCCUCGUCUAUACCGGAAUUGCGAUCGCGACCGGAUGGUAUUAUUAUGUGACUUACAGGAUGACAACCAAGGUUAGAGGCGGGUUGAUCAUGGCCAUUAGUCACAAAAUGCUCAAGAUAAAACAAGAGAAGGGCGCCGGGUCGAAGGUUCUGACCUUGAUCAUUGGAGACUUGCAACGUAUCACGACUGCUCUUGGGUUCGCUCAAGAAAUAUGGAUUGCGCCCAUCGAGACAGGGGUCGGUUUAUGGCUCUUAUGGCGACAGGUAGGACCGUCAAGCCUCACGGUACUAGGCAUCGUUUUGAUAUGUACUGUCGCCUCCGUCUACAUUGGAAAACACUCGGCUGUCCAGCAACGGGCUUGGAUGGGGGCCAUUGAGAAACGCAUCCAAGCUACGAAGCACAUGCUCUCAUCAUUGAAAGCAAUCAAGAUGACAGGUGCCGAUUCGAAAGCAGCCGCUAUGAUCACCAGAUUACGAGAAUUGGAAUUUGAGGCGUCGAAGUCGUUCCGCAGGCUGCUUGUCGCCGGCCUGUUCUCAUCAUUUGUAACACUGACUCUGUCACCGGUUGUGGUAUUUGGCACCUACAUAGGGGCUACAGCUGCGCAAAGCAGGUCUCUAGACCCGAACCGGCUCUUUAGCUCACUCAUUCUCAUAAAUCUUGUUGCAAACCCUUUGGUCGUUCUACUGCAGACAUUUUCUCAUAUAGGGGCAGCAAUCGGGUGCUUUACUCGUAUCCAGGACUUUCUUCAGAGCGAGGAAUUAUCUGACCCUAGAGAGCGCAUUCCCAUUUACGACGGCACAGCAGAUGGACAGGAGAAACGCGAUCCAAUGUCGGGGCCUCUUGAACCAGUGAUUGAAAUAAUCAACGGCUGGUUUAGCUGGGAUGACAAGGUCCUUGUGAAAGACGUCAAUCUCAGCGUCGGCAAAGGAGAUCACGUCGUCAUUACCGGACCUGUCGGCAGUGGAAAAUCUCUAUUGCUGCAAGCUAUUAUAGGUGAGGCACAGCCAAGAUCAGGAAAGAUCAGGGUGAAGGACAAUAUAAUCGCAUUUUGCGGUCAAAACCCGUGGGUAGAGAACAGUGCCGUCCGCGACAAUGUUGUGAGAGGCGCUCCAGAUGAUGAGAUAUGGCGAGAAAGAGUUGUUCACGCAUGUGCUCUGCGAGAACUCUUCGACGCAAAAUUACCCAGUGAGACAGUUGGCAGCAACGGCGCGAGGAUCAGCGGUGGCGAGAGACAACGUCUGGCUCUAGCUCGGGCUGUUGCUCUUCGGCCGUCUGUGAUACUGCUGGACGAUGUGUUUAGUGCGAUUGACCGAACCACGAAGAAACAUAUUCUCGAAAACCUAUUUGGCACAAAUGGUCUCCUUACGCAGCUUGGGACGACAGUUAUACAGGUGACUCAAGAUUGGCAAUCAGCUCAAUUUGCUGACACUGUGGUUGCCAUCGAGGAUGGGAGCUUGGUCCCGUAUACGUUUCCAGAACCUGACCAUAAGGUUGACCAAGUACCAGACCCUGCCCAGGAAACUAAAGCCCCUAGUGGCGACCCGAAAGGGUUAGAGAAAGGUAACGCUGAAAAGGAAAGGGGGAAAAAGAAGACUGUCCCUACGGUAAUAGUCGGGGAUCGCCAAGUUUAUCGCACCUAUUUCGGUUCUUUCGGAGCGACGCAUGUGACGAUAUUCUUCGCGAUUAGCAUAAUUUUUGCCUUCACACUGAGAUUUCCGGCCGUCUGGGUACAAUUUUGGUCUGCGGAUGAAUCUAAUCCAUCAUCGCGGAAUCAUACCACAGGAUAUUGGAUUGGCCUUUAUGCUUUCCUGAGCGCACUGCCCCUUGCCACUAGUGGCCUCUGGGCUGGUCACUUGAUCCUCACCAUCAUUCCAAAGUCGGGUACAGAAUUACACAAUAGACUGCUCAAGGCUGUCAUAAAUACUACUUUCGUUUUCGUCAGCGGCAUUGAUACGGGCGACCUUAUCAAUAGGUUCAACCAGGACCUUCAAUUUAUUGAUGUUAGGCUCCCUACUGACCUGAUAAAUGCCGUGUCUUCGUUACUCGACAUCAUCGCUCAGACCAUUUUGAUCGCUGUUGCGGCAGUCUAUGUCCUGGCAGCCGUCCCCGUGGUGUUCGCGGCUCUGUUCCUAAUCCAACAUGUCUAUCUACGGACGUCCAAGCAGCUCCGCCAACUAGAUCUACAGUCAAAUGCAGGACUACAAGCCAAGGCCUCAGAGACGUACGCCGGUCUUUCUACAAUCAGGGCGCACGGGUGGCAGUCCAUGAUGCUAACUGAGCUCCGGGGACGCCUCGAUAGAACCCAGGAACCCAACUACCUGCUUCUCGUUGUACAGAGCUGGCUGAGACUCGUGUUAGCUCUAUUAGUAGCCGGCCUAUCCGUUGUCGUUGUAGGUGUGGCAGUGGCCACGAGACGUGCUGGAGGUGGCGCGAUUGGCGUUGCGUUCCUGAAUCUGGUCACGCUGGGGUCCGUUUUAACGAACUUCAUCAGCUCCUGGACAUCCCUAGAGACGUCUCUCGGUGCAAUAGCACGCAUAGAAGCGUUCGAGCACGAUACACCAACGGAGCCAAGAGUUUCCUCCCCUGUAGAGGUUUCCCCUAAUUGGCCCGAAAGAGGAGACUUGAAGAUCGAGAAUCUUCACGCUAGUUACACUACAGAUGAUUCAACAGAUCCCGCAUGGGGUCUACGAGAUAUAUCUUUGCACAUUAAGGCCGGUGAGAGGGUGGCUGUCUGUGGACGCACGGGCUCGGGCAAGUCGACGCUGCUUCUCUCCCUCCUGGCCUUGAUAGACUGCCCCAAAGGCAGGGUCCUCCUCGAUGAUAUUGACAUCUCGCGGGUUCCGCGCUCCCUACUCCGGUCAAGGUUUCACGUCGUCUCGCAGGAUACCUUCUCGCAAGGCGAGAGUGUGCGCGACGCCCUAGACCCUGAAGGCUCGUUCUCGGACGAAUCUAUCGAAGAAGUGUUGCGCGAAUGCGCUAUUAUAGAUAACAUCAUCGCAGCAGGCGGUCUCAAGGGCAAUCUGAGCGGCGCUAACUUCUCCGCGGGAGAAGAGCAGCUCUUCGUGCUCGCGCGGACGAUUUUGCGCGCAGGGGGACGCCCUGGAGGCGUGAUCUUGCUUGAUGAGGCUACUAGCAGCAUCGACGUAGCAACGGAAAAGAAGAUAAUGGCCGUCAUAGGCCGCAAGUUGCAAGGCAAAACCGUUAUAUCUGUCCUCCAUCGUCUCGAGACAGCCCUAGAAUAUGGUCGGAUUGUCGUACUUGAGGAUGGUAGGGUCGUACACUUUGGUAGCCCGGCGGAGAUUCUGAGGGACUCGGAACUCUUCUCCACUAUGAGAAAAUAAGUGUGAAAGCUCAACCGCCUGACUGUUUCUCUAGACACGGUAGUAUGAGAAUAUUCGCUGCAUAGUAUUCAUAAAAACUUCUUCUACAGACAUACUAUCUGAUUGAACCAAGCCGAGCCACCAUAAGCUCAAAAGUUAUUACGAGCACUUCCACAUGAACUCAACAUGUUUCCACGAUUUAUGACAAUAUUGUUUUAGGCCAAUAUGCAUCCUCACCUACGUGAUACAGGAUAUAUACCCUC